AUGUGGAUAGUAACAGUGUUUGUCACAUGGGCAAAGAAGGACUUUAAAUUUUCUCUCAAAGCUAUUUCUCUCCCAGUCUUGUCCAUCCUAGUUAAUCAAACCACCGUUUACCCUGUUGGUCAUACUAUUUCAUGGUCUUUUUUCUUUUUUUGUCCUGCAUCUCUCCACAUUUCUUCCAUCUUUUUCUUUCUCUACAGACUAGUCUACAGAUUAGCCCCCCAGUCCCCUUCCCCCUCCACCCCCCACUGUAUCUUACUUCUUAUUACUGUUGUUGACAUCCAGAAGAGAGAGACUGAGACUUCUGAAUCCCAGCUCUAG